AGCAGGUUCUGUCUUUCUGUCGCUCGUUCUCUCCAUCACAUGCACACCUGCUUCCUCUUUAUUUCUCUCUCACACUUUCUCUUCUCUCUCUGUCCGCUCAGUCUCUCUCUCCUCUUCUCUCUCAGUCUGCAUCCUGUAGCCCUGAAGUGCAGUCCUCUCUCUCUCCCUAUCGCUCUCUCUCCAUCUCUCUCUGCACCACUUGGAGGAGGAGUCACUGACACACACACUCUCUUUCUCACACACAACCUCUCUCACACACAGUCUGUGUGACCAGCCCAGCCAGCAGCCAGGAGCCAGCAGGCCCGUUUCAGAGCAGGGAAGCCCAGGAGAGACCUAUCCCAGGAUGGAUGUACUGAUGAAGGGGUUCAGCAUGGCCAAGGAGGGGGUGGUGGCCGCUGCGGAGAAGACCAAGGCUGGGGUGGAGGGGGCAGCCGCUAAGACCAAGGAGGGUGUCAUGUAUGUAGGUUCAAAGACAAAGGAGGGAAUGGACGCAGGGGUAAACAUAGUUGCUAACCGCGACCAGGCGAACAUCGUCGGGGACCCCACUGCUGGAGCUGACCUCUUACAGGGAGGCAUGGAGAAUACCGGACAAGCGGAGGAGCCUCAGCCUGUAUACGAGGCAGAAUAUGGAGGAAUGGAGCAGGGAGGAGAAGGAGGAGAAGGCGGUUACUAGUCAUUCCAGGGACCUCUUCUCCCCAGCCCUCCGUUGGUCCCUCGCCCUGCUGUUCCAGACUUCCAGAUGUUCUAUUUAUUUUUUUGUGACUUUAUGGAACCAAACCAGAUACAGACUCUUCCAGAUAACUCUAUACACCUCCUGAUACCCCAUGAGACCCUCUUCUGCCCCCCCCCCCCCACUGUGUUCUGCCCCAUGUAGCUCCCCGCCUUUCUGUUGUUGCUGUCAUGUUGUUACCCCUGGUGUUAUAUUCUCCCUCACACCUCCCAAUACCCUAUCAAGAGACCUACACACACACACACACACACACACACACACACACACACACACACACACACACACACACACACACACACACACACACACACACACACACACACACACACACACACACACAGGGUAAAUGUUAUCAGCCGGAUCACUAAGAUAGACGUCUGAAAAGGACCCAGGUGUGUGGAUAUAUGCCUUCGUUGGUGCUCAUCAAAAGAGAAGAAGGAUUGACCAGAUCUGGGCGUGACCUUGUUAUGCUCAGAGCGUGCGGUUCAGAUUACUACGCAACCACAAUUGUUCCAGCAAGCCGCGGAAUUAAUGCGGCACAAAUAGACGUUCAUCCAUAAUACGUGGAAAUCCGAAAGGAAACUCCAGCCAGCAGACCUGCUGCGAUGAUUAUUCAGGAUGACAGAACCACAGAGAGAUCAUAUCUGAUUGUAGUGUGUGUGUGUGUGUGUUGUGUGUGUGUGUGUGUGUGUGUGUGUUAGACUCGUCAGAUAGUAGGGCAGUUCAGGAGUGUUCUGUCCAUGAGAGGCUGCUGUAGGGACCCGUGCAAUGAACAGAGUGUGUGUGUGUGCAUUUGUUUGGGUAUGUGUGUGUUAGAGUGUGUUUGAGACAUGCCAGAAAGCAAUACAGGUGUUCUGUUAGUUAGUGUGUCCCUUGUUAGAAAUGACAUAGUCUGAGAGGAAGAAAGUUCCUGCAAAGACUGGGAAUCACACAACAACAGAAGCUAUCAAUAUACGCAGUACUUUACAAUGGAUUUGGUCUAGUCUGGGUCUAGUUCUGCCCUGGGUCUGCUGGCAGGGUUGGAAGGGAUGAAAGCAGAACGCGAUACCUGUGGAUCCUGAUAUAUAGAUUAUAGUAAUACCACCGAGCAAUAGUCAGACAGACAGGGGGUUGUCAUAGUAAUACCACCAAGCAAUAGUCAGACAGACAGGGGGUUGUCAUAGUAAUACCACCGAGCAAUAGUCCGACAGACAGGGGGUUGUCAUAGUAAUACCACCGAGCAAUAGUCAGACAGACAGGGGGUUGUCAUAGUAAUACCACCGAGCAAUAGUUAGACAGACAGGGGGUUGUCAUAGUAAUACCACCGAGCAAUAGUCAGACAGACAAACAGGGGUUGGCAUAGUAACACCACCGUGCAAUAGUCAGACAGACAGGGGGUUGUCAUAGUAACACCACCGUGCAAUAGUCAGACAGACAGGGGGUUGUCAUAGUAACACCACCGAGCAAUAGUCAGACAGACGGGAGUUGUCAUAGUAAUACCACCGAACAAUAGUCAGACAGACAGGGGUUGUCAUAGUAACACCACUGCGCAAUAGUCAGAGAGACAGGAGGUUGUCAUAGUAACACCACCAAGCAAUAGUCAGACGGACAAGGGGUUGUCAUAGUAACACCACCGAGCAAUAGUCAGAGAGACAUGAGGUUGUCAUAGUAACACCACCGUGCAAUAGUCAGACAGACAGGGGGUUGUCAUAGUAACACCACCGAGCAAUAGUCAGACAGACGGGAGUUGUCAUAGUAAUACCACCGAACAAUAGUCAGACAGACAGGGGUUGUCAUAGUAACACCACCGAGCAAUAGUCAGAGAGACAUGAGGUUGUCAUAGCAACACCACGAGAAAUAGUCGGACAGACAGGGGGUUGUCAUAGAAGAGCAUCCCACACAGGGAAUGCUGGGAAAUGGAUUUUAAAUUCGAUUUUUGAUUCCCACAAGAGUCAAUGGUUAACGACAGCUGCUCCUGUCAUCAACCAUCUCAGCCACUCAGAACAGGCCUGGGACAGAGUGUGUGUUUGUGUGUGUUAUUUCUUUGAGACCAAUGGAAACUAAUGACUGCAUGUUGCCUUAUUAUGCACUCAAAUUCACACACACACACACACACACACACACACACACACACACACACACACACACACACACACACACACACACACACACACACACACACACACACACACACACACACACAAACCCCAGAUCCAUACAGCACACAAACAAAAACAAACACUCCCACACCACGUUUAAGUUGGCAUCGAAGCGGACUUGCUGAUUUUAUAAACAGUACCAGUGAAUUAAAGACGGUUUUGUUGAAAUCCAAA